AUGCAAUCCGUACAAAGACAUUUUGGUAAAUUGAUGAAAAGAUCCGCCGACGACAGUCAGGUGGCCAUUCUCCUGAAAGAUUUCGAUGAAGCAAAUAAAUUAUUAGGCCGAAUUGUCGAUUCUACUAAAGCCUGGCGAGAUGCUUGGUCUUCUUUACUCAGUUACCAGGCGCGCAUUCUCAGUGAAUUAGAAGGAUUAUAUGCGCCCAUCAUUGCUUCCUCCGACUCCUCCACAACCGACAAGGCCGUCCAAACGCCCAGGGAAACAUUGGCCCGAACCGCUAACCUAGCUCAAGAAUAUGAAGAGCUACGGAGCGAACUCCUUCAGGAGCUCGAGGCCAUCAACGAGCGUAUCAUUAAGCCCGCCACGCAGGCUAUGGACUACAUGAAGCCGUUGGAAAAGACAAUCAAAAAGCGGGAUGACCGCAAGUUAGACUAUGAGCGUUACCAAAGUCGCGUAGAUAGCUACUCGAAAAAGACGAAGCGAUCGGACCGAGACAACUCAUCGCUGACCAAAGCUGAAAGCGAUCUCGCAAGAGCAACAGAGGAAUACCAAGCCGCAGACGACCACGUCCGAAAAUGCCUACCACCAGUUAUAACCGCCGCAUUCUCACUGCUCCCCAGACUCCUAGCUGCGCAAAUCGAGAUCCAAAACACCAUGCUAGCACAUUACUACACAGUGGUCCAGAACUACUGCGAACAGGAGCACUUCCCCUCACCCUCCCCACCAAUGGAACAAAUAGUCCACGACUGGGAACAGGCCCUCCACCCUACACAACAAAAAGUUGAAUCCCUAGGUUGUAUCGCCAACGGAAAGGCAGUGCGUCUAUCCCCAGGAUCACCCGACGACCAACGGAACGGACACAGCAGCCGUCUACCAAACGGUCUCAACUUCCGUCGGCCCUCAAGCAGCAACGCCUCCACCGCCGGUCCUACAUCUACAUCUACUUCUACACCAAGCCUCCAACCCCCAGCCUCCCCAGGCCGCAGACUCUCCGCCCCAUCUGUGCACGACACAAAACCAACCCCGGUAAUGGAAACCAAACCCCGUCUCAACAGUCUCGCCUCAUCCCCAUCCUCAACUCUCACCGUCCCGACAACCCAUCUCUCCCCACAAACCCCCGCUUCGGCCUCAGCUUCCUCCCCAGCUGAAUCCUACGUCUCGGCCCGAACAGACUACUUCAGCAGAAAUCAGCAUCCGUCCGACAGCGCAGCCACGUCACCGGGAUAUGGCGUGCUCGCGGCCGCGAAGAAGAAGCCCCCACCGCCACCUCCGAAACGGGUCGGUUCCAAUCAGGGGUUGUUCGUGACGGCUCUGUAUGAUUUCGGUGGGCAGAGUGCCGGCGAUCUGGCCUUUCGGGAGGGAGAUCGGAUUCGGGUUCUGAAGAAGACGGACAGUACGGAUGAUUGGUGGGAGGGAGAGCUUCGGGGGGUUAAGGGGAGUUUCCCGGCUAAUUAUGUGGAGUGA